GAACCCCCCCCCCACAGUUUUGCUUCCGGCUCGCCGAGUGCUGCCUCCGCUUCUGGUUCCGGGGCUUUUCUCCUACCCGCCGGCGCCCGCAAACCGGCGUCUCGACCUGAGGAAAGCGGGCGGUGAGGGGACGGAACCGCACUUGCAUACCCAGAGCCCCGCCCCCCCCAAGCGCGUCCCCGCGGGAUGAACCGGCCGAAGCCUGCGGCCGCGCGCCGCCCUAGCACCGUCGCCAAACCCUCCGGCCACCCUCCUCCGGGAGAUUUCAUCGCCUUGGGUUCCAAAGGCCAGGCCAAUGAGUCGAAAGCAGCUGCCACGCUGCUCAAGCCGGCUUCGGCCGGAUUGCCCUCCGAGCGGAAGCGGGAGGGCUCUGCCACCUUGUCCGGUGCUUCCGGGCUGACGGGACUCACCAAGCGGCCCAAGCUGUCCUCGACGCCUCCCCUCAGCGCCUUGGGACGCUUGGCGGAAGCCGCGGUUGCUGAGAAGCGGGCCAUUUCGCCUUCCAUCAAGGAGCCAUCCGUGAUCCCCAUUGAAGUGGCUCCGACUGUCUUGCUGGAUGAGAUUGAGGCUGCCGAAGCCGAAGGCAACGAUGACCGCAUCGAAGGGGUGUUGUGCGGGACCGUGAAGCAGCUGAAAAUCAAUCGGGCGAAGCCCGACACCACCCUGUACCUGAGCCUGAUGUACUUGGCAAAAAUCAAGCCAAACAUAUUUGCCACAGAAGGCGUGAUUGAGGCGUUGUGCAGCCUGCUGCGCAGGGACGCCUCCAUCAACUUCAAAGCCAAAGGGAACAGCCUGGUGUCCGUCCUGGCCUGCAACCUUCUCAUGGCAGCCUAUGAGGAGGAUGAGAACUGGCCCGAGAUCUUCGUCAAGGUCUACAUUGAGGACUCCCUGGGGGAGCGCAUCUGGGUCGACAGCCCUCACUGCAAGACCUUCGUCGAAAACAUCCAGACGGCGUUCAGCACCAAGAUGCCCCCUAAGAGUAUUUUGUUGCAUGGGGAAGUUGGACGUAGUGGAGGUGACCUUAGUGCUGGGAAUAGCCCCCAUCCCUCUAUGCCCGAGGAGGAGGACAGCCAGAGUGAGCUGCUGAUUGCGGAGGACAAGAUGAGCCCUGAGCAGGAGGGGCAGCUGAUGCCCAGGUAUGACGAUCUUGCCGAGAGCGUGGAGGAAUAUGUCCUUGACAUGCUGCGGGACCAGCUCAACAGGCGCCAGCCGAUGGACAAUGUCUCCCGGAACCUCCUGCGUCUCCUGACCGCCACUUGUGGCUACAAGGAGAUCCGGCAGAUGGCCGUCCAGAGGCUGGAGAUGUGGCUGCAGAACCCCAAGCUCACUCGGCCAGCCCAGGACCUGCUCAUGUCCGUCUGCAUGAACUGCAACACCCACAGCUCCGAGGACGUGGAGGUGGUCUCCAACCUGAUCAAGAUCCGCCUGAAGCCCAAGGUCCUCCUCAACCACUUCAUGCUGUGUGUCCGGGAGCUGCUCAGCGCCCACCGAGACAACCUGGGCACCGUGGUCAAGUCGGUGGUUUUCAACGAACUGUCAAAUGCCCGGAACCCCAACAACAUGCAGAUUCUCUACACGGUCCUCCAGCACAGCCCAGAGCUUGCACCCAAGUUUCUGGCCAUGGUGUUCCAGGAUCUGCUGACCAACAAGGACGACUACCUGCGGGCGUCGCGGGCCCUGCUGCGGGAGAUCAUCAAGCAGACGAAGCACGAGAUCAACUUCCAGGCUUUCUGCCUGGGUCUCAUGCAGGAACGGAAGGAGUCCCAGUACGUCGAGAUGGAGUUCAAGGACCGGUUUGUGAUCCACAUAACAGACCUGCUGGCUGUCUCCAUGAUGCUGAGCAUCACCGCCCAGGUGAAGGAAGCUGGGAUUGCUUGGGACAAAGGAGAGAAGAAGAAUUUGGAGGUGCUGCGUGCUUUCCAGAACCAGAUUGCCGCGAUUCAGCGGGACGCCGUCUGGUGGCUGCACACCGUGGUUCCUUCGAUCACAAAACUAGCUCCCAAAGAAUACGUCCACUGCCUCCACAAAGUGCUAUUUACGGAACAGCCGGAGACGUACUACAAAUGGGACAACUGGCCUCCCGAGAGUGACCGCAAUUUCUUCCUUCGCCUCUGCUCCGAAGUGCCCAUCCUUGAAGACACGCUCAUGCGGAUCCUCGUGAUCGGGCUCUCCCGCGACCUUCCCCUCGGCCCCGCCGACGCCAUGGAGCUGGCCGACCAUCUGGUGAAACGGGCAGCGGCCGUGCAGGCAGACGACCUAGAAGUCCUGCGAGUGGAGAGGAUCCAGCUGAUUGAUGCCGUCUUGAAUCUGUGCACUUACCACCAUCCAGAGAAUAUCCAACUGCCCCCUGGAUAUCAGCCUCCCAAUCUGGCCAUCUCUACACUCUACUGGAAAGCGUGGCCUCUCUUGCUCGUGGUUGCAGCAUUCAAUCCUGAGAACAUCGGUCUCGCCGCCUGGGAGGAGUACCCGACCCUGAAGAUGCUCAUGGAAAUGGUCAUGACUAAUAAUUAUUCUUAUCCUCCUUGCACUUUGACGGACGAAGAGACCCGCACGGAGAUGAUCAACCGCGAGCUGCAGAUCUCGCAGCGGGAGAAGCAGGAGAUCCUGGCCUUCGAGGGCCACCUGGCAGCCGCAUCCACAAAGCAGACGAUCACAGAGAGCAGCAGCCUCUUGCUCUCGCAGCUCACCAGCCUGGACCCCCAGGGCCCUCCCCGCAGACCACCGCAACCCGUCCUGGACCAGGUGAAGAGCCUCAAUCAGUCCCUCCGCCUGGGACACCUUCUGUGCCGCAGCAGACACCCGGACUUCCUGCUCAACAUCAUCCAGAGGCAGGCGUCCUCGCAAUCGAUGCCGUGGCUUGCAGACCUGGUUCAGUCCAGCGAGGGCUCCCUGGACGUCCUGCCGGUUCAGUGCCUUUGUGAAUUCCUUCUGCACGACGCCGCUGACGAAUCGGCCUCCGGCGAGGAGGAGGAAGAGGGAGAGAGUAAAGAGCAGCGCGCCAAGAAGCGGCAGAGGCAGCAGAAGCAAAGGCAGCUCCUGGGACGCCUCCAGGACCUGCUCUUGGGGCCCAAGGCCGACGAACAGACGACGUGCGAAGUGCUGGAUUACUUCCUGAGGCGCCUCAGUUCGUCGCAGGUGGCUUCCCGGGUUUUGGCCAUGAAGGGGCUGUCCUUGGUGCUUUCAGAAGCUGGGCUGCGUGACAGGGAAGAGAAGGGCCACCCCAUGGAGGAAGAGCCCGGCGACUCGGAGCUCCUGCAGGGCUACCAGUGGCUCCUCCGAGACCUGCCGAAGCUGCCGCUCUUUGACAGCGUCCGGGCAACCACGACGGUCGCUCUGCAGCAGGCCAUCCACAUGGAGACCGAACCUCAGACCAUCAGCGCUUACUUGGUGUAUCUUUCCCAGCAUGCCCCAGUCGAGGAACAGGGACAACACAACGACCUUGCCUUGGAUGUGGCCAGACUGAUCGUGGAACGCUCCACCAUCAUGUCCCACCUCUUCUCCAAGCUCUCGUACUGUUCAGAGUCCGACGCCGUGCUGGUCGCCCUCCUCUCCAUCUUCUCGCGCUACAUCAAGCGUAUGCGGCAGAGCAAGGAGGGCGAAGAGGUUUACAGCUGGUCCGAGUCGCAGGAUCAGGUGUUCCUCCGCUGGAUCAGCGGAGAGACAGCCACGAUGCACAUCCUGGUGGUCCACGCGAUGGUGAUCCUGCUGACCCUGGGGCCGCCGCAAGCCGGCGAUGGGAACUUCUACACUUUGCUGGACAUCUGGUUCCCUGAAAAGAAGCCCCUCCCCACGGCUUUCUUGGUGGACACUUCGGAGGAGGCUCUACUGCUCCCUGAUUGGCUGAAGUUGCGCAUGAUCCGCUCAGAGGUGCCACGCCUGGUGGAUGCUGCACUGCAGGACCUGGAGCCUCAGCAGCUGCUCCUCUUCGUCCAGUCCUUCGGGAUCCCCGUCUCCAGCAUGAGUAAACUGCUGCAGUACCUGGACCAGGCCGUGUCCCACGACCCGCAGACGCUGGAGCAAAACAUCAUGGAUAAGAAUUACAUGGCUCACCUCGUGGAGGUCCAGCACGAGAGAGGAGCUACUGGCGGCCAGACCUUUCACUCGCUUCUCACCACCUCCCUGCCAGCUCGCCGAGACAGCGAUGAUACUCCGCGGCCCAAAACCAGCCUGGAGGCGUCACAAGGUCAGGGCAGAAUCCGGGCGCUGGCUCAGAUCCGAGUCCUUGGUCCAGAGGAUGACCUGGCAGGCAUCCUUCUUCAGCUGUUCCCACUGAACCCGGAUCCCCGGUGGCAGAACUCAAACCCCCGCCCCCUCGCCCUGGCUCUGCAGCAGGCCCUGGGGCAGGAGCUGGCUCGGCUGCGCCAGGGAAACGCCCCGGUGCCGGGGACCAUGGCACGGCUCCUCCAGGCACUGGCGGCGCUGCUGAACUCCCCCCAUGGCGGGACGUUGGUGAUGGCCAUGCACCGAAACCAUGUGGGGUCAUGUCCCCUCAUGCGUCUACUGUGCCAGUAUCAGCGCUGCGUCCCCCAGGACACGACCUUCUCCACGCUGUUCUUUAAAGUCCUGAUGCAGAUGUUGCAGUGGCUGGAGAACCCGGCUGUGGAAGAAGGGCCUCUCCGGACCCAGCUCAAGUCCUUUGCCGUUCAGUAUUCAGCCAGACACAGGAUCAACGACGUCCGCGGGGGUUUCCUGCACCUGGCGGACGCAUUGGCUUUCCGCCGCGACGCUGACGUGAUUGGCUCCACCGUGUGCGCCAUCAUUGCCACCCUGAAGUCUGGCGAGAAGUACAACGUGGAGCCAGAAGUUGUUGGUAAAGUCCUCCAGGGCCUGACAGAGAUGCACUCGCCAUUCCUGGAGGAGCUCCUGGCAGCCCUCUUCUCGGUUACCAUGGAGACCUCCUCCCACUUCCCUACCACUGGACCCAUCUCCAUGGUGAGCUCGCUGCUUCUGCAGGACAAGGAGGAGGCCUUCGUCAAAAAGGAAGCGGAGAACAGCAGCACCGAGAAUGCCCGCCUGGGGCCUUCGGGCCUUUUCAUUGACUGGCUGGAGAUGUUGGACCCUGAGGUGAUCAGCAGUUGCCCCGAUCUCCAGCAGAAGCUGCUCUUCUCCUGGAACAAGGAUAAAGCUGCUUCUGCAUCGGAGCCGCCCUCUUUCCGCCCGUACCUUCUGGCCCUCCUGACCCACCAGUCUAGCUGGGCCACGCUGCACCACUGCAUCCGGAUUCUGCUGGGCAAGAGCCGAGAGCACAAAUUGGACCCGACUGCCUCCUUGGAUUUCCUUUGGGCCUGCAUCCAUAUCCCUCGGAUUUGGCAAGGAAGAGACCAGAGGAUACCCCAGAAACGGCGAGAGGAGUUUGUGCUGCAGCUGAAGGCCCCCGAACUGAUCAGCCUGGUGGAGCUGAUCUUAGCCGAAUCGGAGACCCGGAACCCGAAUCCCGAGGCGGCCUCCUGCUCGGUCAUCCAGUCCCGGCUGCCGCUGCUGCUCAGCUGCUGCCACGGAGACAUCGACAGCAUUAAGAAGGUCGCAGAGUACCUGACAGGCUGCUUGCAGCAGUGGGGGAGCAGUCCAAUGGGCAAGCGUUGCCAGGACCUUCUCCUGCAGAUCUACCUUCAGCUGCCAGAACUGCUUGUCCCAGUGCCAGAGUCGCUGCUGUCCAGCGAAGGAGCCACCGAUAGCAGCACCUGCAAACUCGACGCCCUGGUCCACAGGUUCCUCACUCUGCUCGCAGACUCCAGCGACUCGAAGACGAACGAGAGCCGUCUGUGGGACGCCAACAUGGCCUGUCGGAAGCUGGCCGUAGCUCACCCCAUCCUCCUGCUCAGGCACCUGCCCAUGAUUGCAGCCCUGCUUCACGGCCGGGUUCACCUGAACUUCCAGGAGUUCCGCCAGCAAAACCACCUGACCUUCUUCACCCACGUCUUGGGCAUCCUGGAGCUCCUUCAGCCUCAGGUCUUCCAGGGCGAGCACCAGGGGGCGCUGUGGGAUUGCCUCCUCUCCUUCAUCCGCCUGCUUCUGAGCUACCGGAAAUCUUCCCGCCACCUGGCUGCCUUCAUCAGCAAGUUUGUGCAGUUCAUCCACAAGUACAUCACCUGCAACGCCCAGGCGGCAGCGUCCUUCGUACAGAAGCACUCCGAGCCCCUCCAUGACCUGUCGUCGGAUAACAGCGACCUCGCGAUGCUCAAGUCUCUCUUGGCCGGCCUGAGCUUACCCAGCAAGAACGGGGCAUCGGACAGAGGGCCCAACGACGAAAAGGAUGAUGAGGCCGCUACGGGCUCCCUGCCCCUCGUCAGUGUCUCUCUCUUCACUCCUCUCACUCCUGCUGAGAUGGCCCCGUACAUGAAACGGCUCUCGAGGGGCCAGAGCGUGGAGGAUAUCCUGGAGGUGCUGACAGAUAUUGACGAGAUGUCCAGACGGAGGCCAGAGAUCCUCUCCUUCUUUUCGACUCACCUGCAAAGGCUGAUGAGCUCUCCCGAGGAGACCUGCCGGAAUCUGGCCUUCUGCCUUGCUCUGCGCUCAAUCCAGAGCAACCCCAGCAUUGCGGCCAGCUUCCUUCCCACGUUCAUGUACUGCCUCGGCAGCCGCGACUUUGAGGUGGUUCAGACGGCCCUGAGAAACCUGCCCGAAUACACUCUCCUUUGCCAAGAACACGCCGCCGUCCUGCUGCACCGGGCCUUCCUGGUGGGGAUGUACGGCCAGGUAGACACCAGCUCCCAGAUUUCGGAAGCCUUGAAGAUUUUGCAUAUGGAAGCCAUGAUAUGACCCGGGCGAGCCCAGGCCCCAGGACUUGGAGACGGGGCUUGCCUGCUUUGGACCCUGCCGGACUGGAAGCCCGCCAGAGAGCGGCUGGUUCUGCAGUCCACACUCCAGAGGAGAGGGGGCCGCGGCGUUUCUCUUGGACCGCGCUGAAGGAGGAAGGGGAGGUGGGUUGCUGGCAUUUGUGGAAAGAAAACGAUGCCAUGAUGCGGGUUAUGACAAUGGCCAUCCCUUACCUUUUGGGAAUUGGGAUGGGAAACCCCACCCCAUAGCAGCAGCCCCCCACACCCACGAGUUGGACCCUCAGGAGUUGGGGGUGCAGUUGUCCCCAGAUUAGCUCCCUGCUCUGUCAGACAGAGGGAGAGCAUCUCUACAAGAUGUACGGCCCAGUCAUGUUUGUUACUUCUUUUAAAAUUAAAAAAAGUUUUGUUUUUGUUGCA